ACCCAUGCUACCCAUAAGUUACAGUCAGAACGGCUGAAGCUUACAGUCAAACCAGUUCAUGCGCACGGGGAAAAUGUGAUAACACGAAUCAAGAGAAUAUGAAGAAUCAUGGCUGGAUUUUUUGAUGAAGAUUCUCCUCAUGGAAAAGUCAAACGAGUCAUGUGGUUCAAAUACCUUCAGGCUUUUAUCGCAAAGACGCAACAAUCGACAAGCGUAGACAAGACCAUUAUAUGUGAUGUGUUUGCAGGGACUGGAGUUUACGAGAAUAAUUGGAGCACAACCUUUACAGAUUAUGGUUCCCCACUGAUUGCACUGCGAGCAGCAAUUGGGUAUUUUGUACACAGAAAUAACUUGCCAAAUACCUUCAAGCCAAUUCUUGAUGCCAAUCCAGAUUACACCGAAGACGAAACCUUAAUCCUGAAGGAGUAUAAAAUCGAUUUAUAUUUUGUGGAAAAAGAUGGAAACAAAUACGAAUCUCUCGUCAAUAACAUAAUAUUAUUUUUCAAUUUUCAUGGCAUUAAUGUCAUUAAAUUACCAGCCCCUAACCGAGCGUGUGUUUCAAGCAUGGAUGAGGAUUUUCCUAUUCGUUGUUACAUAUUUAACUGCGAGUUUGUAGAGUUUACUGCACCAGAUGUACCCGACAACGCACGCAUGGUAACCUUCAUCGACCCGUUUGGAUUUGCAAUGAUUCCAUGGCAAAAAGUCUCUGAUUUCGUUGGAGAACACAAGGAACUUUACAUCACCCUAAUGACAUCCUUCAUGCACAGGUUUUUCACCCAGAAUCGCGAUAGAAUAGGCGAGGUUUUUGGGAUGGAACCCGAGGUUCUAGAGAUCUUAAGAAUUGAAGACGAAAGUCAUUUUGUGGAUACAUUGGCCGACUUGUACGUUGAAAAGCUCGGCGAAAGUAGCGACCAUGCACUUACAUUUGAAAUGAGGGACAUAAGGAAUAGGAGACUGUACCAUUUGAUUUUUGCUACAAGCCACAUCGAAGGGUUAAAGUCAAUGAAAAAAUCGUUCAACCGAGGUACCCAAGAGCAAAAUACAUUCUCUCUCUCUGACUUCAAGAUCUUAAGGAAAAACAUUCCUUUAAAUCUUGGAAAUCAACAAACUCCCGAAGAAGUUGCAAAAGUCAUUUUUGAUAAAUUCAAAGGUGAACAGGUUAGAAUCAGCAAGGUUGAAAGGUUUGUAUGGCUUGAUACACCAUAUGUGUACUUAAAGGAACCACUGGCCAACUUGGAGACGGAAGGAAAAAUUGUGAAAGUCGUUGGCAAAAACUCUGAAAAACGAAAUAGGCGAAAUACAUUUCCUGAUCAUACUGAAUGGUUAAUAACUUUUGCUUCCGUCCAACCUCGGGAAUAGUUUAGAGCAAUUUAGUGACAGGUGAUUUUAUUUUCAUCUUUCACAUUUAUCUAAAUUGAGCUCCCUCCGUGGCACCAGUAAUAGUUUACGCAUGCACACCCGGAGAGGUGGGGCACUCAUUUACGAGCCAGAGGCAUUCAACUCUAAAGUCCAAAGAAAAUUAGAAAGAUGUCCACGUUCUCGUAUGAAUCCAUUAAGAGUUUCUCUGCACUGUCAGUAAAUCAAAUAUUGCCAAGAAUUUGUGAAAAACAGUCAUUUGCACUGUUUUAGCCUCGUAUAAAAGGAAAACGUUUACAAAACUCAACUCCAAUGUAAAGAAUGUGCAUGCAAGUUGAACAAUAGGACGUUUGCAUGAUGACGUCAUUUUAAAAACUACUACUACCAAAAUGCAUUGCGAAUUUUCUUUCUUAUUCUAAUUUUUAUUUCCUAGCUCACGAGAAUAAUUAGUAUGACUAACUAUAUAGUUGUAAAAUAGUUUAGUUUUGAAAUAAAUGGAAUAAAAAUGUUGAUAAAUCUGUUA